GCAAUAAAAAGUAGUUGCUCACUCUUUUUUCUCUCACAGAGUCGAUCUCUCUCUCAUUCUCUCGCUCAGAUUAAACGGAAUGAGCAAGCAGACGACAUGGUCAGCUCGAUCCGACGGCUCUCGUUUAACGGCCUUUCCCUUGCUCAAAACCAACGGCGGACGAAGCCGCCACCACCACCACAACCACAACCACAAGAGCAGCUUCUGGAAGCACGGCACCCGUACAGUGUCCACGUCAUCCUCCCCGCGCUAUGAUUUCUCGGAUCUGCCUCAGGAAUUGGUAGCCAAAAUCGGGGCCUCUCUCAGCUACCACAGCCUCAAAACGGCGUCGUUGGUCUGCAGGUCGUGGUGCGAGGCCCUCCGGCCGGCCAGGGAGGCCACGAAGUUCUUGACUUGGGGGAAGCAGUUCAAGCACGGCCGCGGCGAUUUCAAACCUAACGUCAACAAUGCUCUCAAGAUGUUCUUGAAGGCUGCCGAGCUUGGGUCCACGAAGGCGAUGGUCGAUGCCGGACUCAUAUUCUGGGAGAGAGGCGACAAGGAUAAGGCGUUUGGGUUGUACCGGGAAGCUGCCGAGGCCGGUGACCGGAAUGCGCAGGGCAAUUUGGGGAUGUGGUAUUUGCAAGUUGAACCUCCAAAUUCAAAGGAAGCUGUAAAGUGGUUAUAUCUUGCUUCUUUUCAGGGCCAUGUCCGAGCUCAAUACCAACUUGCAAUUUGUCUGUAUCAGGGACGUGGGGCAGAUCGUAACAUGAAAGAAGCGGCCAGGUGGUAUUUGAGAGCUGCAGAACGUGGUUAUGUGCGUGCUAUGUAUAAUGUAUCGCUGUGCUACAAGUAUGGGGACGGAUUAGUGCAGAAUCAUCGCCAAGCAAGAAAGUGGAUGAAGUGGGCAGCUGAUCUUGGCCAUAGUAAAGCUCAAUACGAGCAUGGACUCACUCUCUUUUCGGAGGGUGAAAAGAUUACAGCUUUAGUGUACUUGGAACUUGCAACCCGAGCUGGGGAAAGAGCAGCAAUACAUAUCAAGGAUGUAAUUCGCGAACAGCUUUCACCAACUUCGCGGUAUAAUGCCAUGCUUUUAGUGGAGAAUUGGCGUGCUUUACCUUCAUCUUCCUGAAUUAUACUACUUAUGGUUUGUUCGUUGUAGUACACAUCCCAUCAAUUCCCCGCCUCUUUGAUGUUUUAUAUUGGAUAUGGAGAACUAUAUUCAUCUGUAUAUUUCUUCAAUGUUUUCGACUUAUAUACACUCUUGUACAACUUUAGCCUUGAUUGGUGGAGUGAUACUGUAGUUGAUAUGCAGUUUUUAAUUUAGCAUUAGCUUAGUGCAUUGGAACGGCUUUUGAAA